AUGGGAAAAUUCGAGUGUUACAUACAUCUGCCAACUGCUUUGCUAGCUGCGAAAUGUGACAAAAAGGAGCAUCGUCCACCGGCCAAACCGCUUCCACCACCAAAACCACCCUGUUUAAGAAGCUGCCACAUAUCGGACAGCAAUGGGAUUCCAAAACAACAAGAAAUCAGCGCAAAUAAUUUCGGACAGGAAAACAGAGAAACACCGGAAACUCGUCCUAUCCCGCAUCCGAGGAAAAUUUUUUCGCCUGUUCUCAAUACCCCAAAGAAAUUUGUUAUGGAUGAUUCGGAAUCGUCACGACCCACACCGCCACCAAGACCGAAGCGGAAGAGUCUGUUGCAAAGUUUAGGGCAAGAAUCCGCCUCUCGAACUGGUAGCCCUUCAGCAAAAGUGCUACCAAAAUCACCAGAUAUGGAGAAUGGUAGCAAACACAACAUAGCUGCAUCAGCGGCAAGUGUGGUCGACUAUCCGGGCUUUCUGAAUCCAUUCGGUUCUGAUGAUGAGGAUUGCACAAGUGAUAGCGAUUCGUAUACGAAUUCGUUAAUUCCAUCCGGUGGAAAUCACGACGAUAUUGACAAUGUGAUUUGUAGUGAAUUCGAUUAUGCUGCAUCAAUUAGCCGAAGCCGGGCCUCAUCCGUUCUGACAGUGGACAACGAACGAACAAACUCACCACGUCCUCCUCCGCCGAAACCGCCACGUUCGGCCAAAAUAUUGCGCGACCAGACUCUCCUAAAUACGCAAGCAACAGUUAGUCCGCAUCUCUCCGUACAUAAUCACGAAAAGGCUGCAUUCACGGAAGAGAGUUUUGAUAGUAUGUCAAUUGGAAGCAUAGCAAAUAUACGAGAUUUUUUGGAUGAGAAAUUGAAUUCUUCCGAAAAUGAUGGGAGAAUUGUUGAGGAAAAAUUGCUUUCCCUCAUUGAGCAAAUGGAUGAAAAGCGAGCACGUUUCCCAGUGGAUUGUUGUGCUGGAAAACCACUGCAUCUUGCUGAGGCAGCAAGCCAUCUGUGUCAAGAAUGGAUUGUUGUGCUGGAAAACCACUGCAUCUUGCUGAGGCAGCAAGCCAUCUGUGUCAAGAAAUUGAUGGAGAAAUUUCUUGAUUGCAUUCAUGCAGAAACAGAAUUGCAAUUGCGACAGCUCAUCGAGAAUGAAGAAGAAAAAAGCGUAACUGAGGUUGAACGCGAGGCGAAGUUAUUGGAGCUUUUAGUGGAUAUAAUUAAUCAAAAAAGUUCACUGGUUGAAUCAAAAAUGGAAGUGAGCUCAGUGAAUAGAGAACUACAAAUGGAUGCGAAGAAAUCGAAGAAGCGUAUAAAAACUCGCCUGAAAAAGCUGAGGGCAAAGUUGUUAAAGCAAGGCAGGAAUGCUUCCGGAAAAGGAUGUUAA